GUUUUUUCCUCUUUGUCAAGAAGAAAAAAUACAAACUCGCCGUUUCAUUAUCCGUUGUGUUGGUAUGCCCGUCAAAUUCAAAUCACCCACGUUACAAUCGUGUCCCAGCAAGAAAAUCAAGAACUGCAAAACUCAACGAAAAAAACUGUAUGACAGUACACUUCGAUUGAUGUAUUUCACGAAGGCAUACGAAGGUUUCAUUCGAAAAUCUUUUUUCAGUCAAAUCGCGCGUCGCCAUUAAAGCAUUUUUUAAUGUACGCGUGUUUUGUACCGUUUUCAUGUGAAUUUAUUUAAAAAAAAUGAGUGAUUAUUCUUCCGUUGCACCGCCUCAAACAACUCAACAAAACUUUAAUCAAUCUUCAGCAUUCGCCGCCGCAUUACAAAGAGCAAAACAGAUCGCAGCCAAAAUCCAUCCAAGCGGACAAGGCCAACAAGGUACGAAAAGGACUGGUGACGAAGGGUUAGAACCGGAAAACAAGAGAUUUUGUGGAUCAGAUUACAGUUCUUCCAAUUCGAGUAUGAGCCCAGCUGCAAUGGCUACUCAACAGGCCGCUGCAGUUGCAGCUCGCUUAGCACAAAGUGUAGGCAACACAGUUACAGAAGAUAUUAAAUUACCGGACAAAAUCGCAGCAACAUUAAGUGGACGUACUGGCGGUGAUGAUCAGUUUUCUAGAUUACAAAAUGAUUCAGGAUGCAAAUUGGCAAUGUCCAGAGAUUCGGAACGUGUUAUCACCUUAAGUGGGUCUCGAGAAUCGGUUAACCACGCAAAAGAGAUGCUCUCUCAAAUGUGUUCACAACAAAAUUGCGGCAGUAUCGAAACGGUUAGUUGUGUUAUAGUUCCGCCACCGGGCGCUGGCGGCUUUCCACCAUAUCAAGAAGUUAUGGUACCGGGGUCAAAGGUUGGCCUCGUCAUCGGAAAGGGUGGUGAAACGAUUAAAAUGCUUCAGGAAAAGACUGGAGCCAAAAUGGUUAUUAUACAAGAAGGACCAGCACAAGAGUGUGUGGAAAAACCUUUACGAAUUUCUGGCGAUCCGUCAAAAGUUGAACAUGCCAAACAGUUAGUAUUCGACUUGAUUCUCGAAAAAGAAGCUCCGUUCAACAAUAGAGGCGGAGCUGGUGGUUAUGACAGUGGCACCGAGCAAGCUGAAGUUUUUGUGCCAAAAACGGGUGUCGGUGUUGUCAUUGGCAAGGGAGGCGACAUGAUUAAGAAAAUUCAAGGUGAAACCGGAUGCAAACUACAAUUCAUACAGGGCAAAGGGGAUGCACCCGGCGAUCGUCGUUGUAUUAUUUCUGGUACCAAACAGCAAGUUGCUGAUGGUAAACGAACAGUUGAAGAACUGAUAGAAAGUGUCAUGAGAAGCAAUCAAGGCGGAGGUGGUGGAAUGAAUAACAGAAAUAACAUGAACAACACCACCAACAGCAAUUAUGGAUAUGGCUCCGAUGCCAGUCUACAACCUAUGAGAGAAGAAGUUUCAUUUGCUGUUCCUGCAUCAAAGUGUGGGAUUGUGAUCGGACGAGGUGGCGAAACAAUUAAAUUGAUUAAUCAACAGUCUGGAGCAUUUUGCGAAAUGGAUCGUUCGGCUAUAAAUCCACCAUCCGAGAAAAUGUUCAAAAUGAAAGGCACCAGCGAGCAGAUUGAGCAUGCUCGUCAGUUGAUUUCAGAGAAAAUUGGCGUCGACAUUACCAUUCUGAGCACAAGGCAAAUCGGAAGUGGUGGCGGUAACAACAAUCAAGGGGCGUACGGCAACAAUGGAAAUGGCUAUGGACAGCAACAACAGCAACAGCAACAGUGGGGCUAUCAACCACAGUCAUGGGAUCAGAGCCAACAGCAACAGCAAGGAGGCGUUCAAAUAAAUCCCGCAACCGGCCAGCCAGACUAUUCAGCCCAAUGGAUUGAGUAUUACAAAUCCACUAGAUCUAUCGGUUUAAAUCGAGAGGCUGAAAUGAUUGAACAGCAGCUAAAGGCAAAACAACUUGGUCAGCCGACACCCGCUUCGGUCGUUCCAGCAACACCUGGUGCUGCUAAUGGAACCGCGAUGCAGCAACAAGCUGGUCAACAAGUUCAAGCAGCUGCUGGUGGACAACCGGACUACAGUAAGCAAUGGGCUGAAUAUUACAGAAACAUUGGAAAAAUCGAAGAAGCAGAAGCUAUCGAGAAUCAAAUGAAAGCAUCUAAGACUGCACAAAUGGGUGCAAAUGCUGGCGGUAUGCCUGCCGCCGUUGCGAAUGCCGUUCCCCAAGUUCCCGGUGGCUAUCAGGCUGCCCAAGCCAUGGCUGGAUAUAAUCAAUACGCUCAGUAUUAUGCUGGUGCUGCUCAGCCCGGUUAUCCGCAAGCAGCCUAUGGCGCUUACGGUCACUAUCCCGGCCAGCAGACGCAAAUGCAACAGCCCGGCCAACCGUCACAAAAUGACAAAAACUGAUUGUGUCAACUAUUUGCUCCUGGUGAGCGUGAGUCCGUCUAGUGAGACAAUAUUGAAAAAAAGUAACACUGAGCUCAGUGCCAAAAUGUGUCAAGUAAGACCUCUUCGGGGAUUUCUAUAUGUUUGGUAAUUUUUGAACGAACAAAAUAAUUAUUAUGAUGAUGAGUGUUUUAAUUUUUGUUAAUUUAUUAUUUUUACUUUUUAAUUUAAUUUUCAGUUUUUGUUUUAUUCUAUUAUUAUACUAUCUUUCAUAAAAAUCAUAACUAUAAUUCAUCGCUAUGCUCUAAAACAUAAUAAGUUGUUCCAAUUGAAACAAAAAGGAAAACCAUCGUAUAGGCAAUAUUUUUUGUGAUUUUUGUCGGUUACAAUUUGUGUCUCUACAUUACUCAAACUGAAAACGGCCCAUUGGGUUCUUAGUUCUCUUAUGCCCAUAAGUUUUGAGUCAUGUCUUCAUUGGUUUAAAAGUUCAACAAAUACGGAAAAUCCUUCCAGUUAAACUCUGUUAUCUAUCCGGUAAGGAUCUAUGAAAUCUAAAUUAUUCGAUCGACUUUACUGGCUAGCCUGGACUGAUCUGAAGGGACUAUUAAUUGUUUGUGUGAACGAAAGGCUUUUUACGCUUCAUUCAACACCCAAAUGGACUUGGGGUAUAGCUAAUCCGGCGCUCUUCAGUUGUCAUUUUGAUGUUUUCAUACGCAUUUGUGUAUAAGCGUAUUUCUCUCUCUACACGUACCGUGAUCGAAACUACAACGUAUUCACCAGCUCACUAUAAGAUUCUUUUAAAUCUUUGUUAAAAUUGGCCCCAAUUCGAAGCUGUUUGCAUCAGAAAGUUUUUGAAGAAAAAUUCGUCAAAUUUCUUUAAAUUUCCAUUACUUGAAUAUUCCACGAACCUGAAUUGAUGGAAAUUUCUAGAAGUUGUAGCUGUUAGAGAAGAAAUGUUAAGUGAUUUCCGUCGCGUUUUCACGCGCGAAUCUAAAAAAAAUCUUUUCAUUCACUUGGCAAUUAUUCUUUGUAAAUUGUCCUGGAUAACAGACAACUGGAAGGUUUUUCUGCAUUUGUGGAAAAUGAAAAAAAACCCACACUCACUGACGUCAUAACUACCUCCUAUUGUAUUUUUUAAAGCCGAAAUAGCACUUUUGAACGCAAUACUUUGUUAUUCGAAACUUAGUUUCGUUUACCUGAAGUUAUAAAGUAUAAGCUGUUAUAAAAUCACAAACUCAGACAAUGUGGCAUCAUGGGUUUGGUCUUAAGAUUAUGGCCCUGAGACAGACCAAUUUUUUGUAAUUUAACUUCAAAAUUUCCAAUUUCUUGUCCGAAAUUACUUUUUUGUGUUCAUAAUGAAAAUCCGAGCGGGACAAUGUCCACAAUAUAAUCUCACUUCAGCCACAAAUUCCGUUACAUUGCCUAUUAUUUUACUGAAAAGUAUACCUUAGUUCCCUUUCUGAACAUUUUAAAUAUCAGCACUGCAUUGAUGGUGGUUGUAUUUUUUUUGUGAAGUUUGCAGGGAAUAUAAAAAAAAAUAUUUUCUUCAAAACUGUUAUUUUUUCAGAGAUGCCUAAUUUACCUGGCCAGAAUUUCAGCUGAAUUCCAAGUUGUCGGUGAUUUUAAUUGUUUGUUAGUGAUGUGAGAUGAAAUUUUUGUCUUAUUUUCAAUAAAAAAAAGAAAAGAAAAGUUUAAUCACCUACAACGAAUUCACUUAAAGUCAGGUAAUUUUCUUUGAUUUUUCGAUAUAUUUUUUUUGAAAAUAUUUUUCACCUUGUACAUACAUAAUUAUAAUUAUGAACAAAAUUUUAUAUUUAAAUGAAGUUUUCUUUCAUAUAUUACCAAAACAAACAAACAAACAAAUUAUUCCUAAGCUGCAUUUUUCUAAACAAAAUAUUUUCAGGUUUCAGCUUAUAUUUUCAACAUUUUUUUUUUAUUUAAAAUUGUUAUCAAAUGAGUCAGGUUUUAUUAAUUACGAUAACAAGGUUUGGUGUAUAACAUUAAACAAAUUUUUCAGUUUCAGGACUCUUUUGAUGUUGAAAAUAACAUUUUAACAUUUUAAUUCGCAUUAUUUAAGUUCCUGUUUGUACGGAAUUUACUUUCGAGUCUGAAUAUAAUUCAUUCAAAUUUA